AUGUCACCAACCUUAGAUGAUGUUAGUGUAAUUCUAGGGAUUCCGGUGAUUGGUAAAUCAAUCUCUUGCAAGAAGUUAUCAAAUGUUGACAUUGCAAAUCUACUAGUUGAGGCUUUGGGAGUAACAAUAGAUGAAGCAAAUGUAGCGUUGAAGGCAGCACGGGGCCAGUCUAUCAAGGCUAGCAUUCGUGUUCUAGUAGUGUAUUUGUCUUUUCUUAUGGAUUUGCGAUCGGUAGCUUCUUAUGCUUGGGGUGCAGCCGCAUUGGCUUUUUUAUACUGGCAAUUGGGUACUGCCACAAAGUAUGCCAUGAAACAGCUGACGGGAUACAUGACAUUGCUGGAAGCUUGGAUUUACAAGCAUUUUGUUGGUGCUGGACCCCACCCCAAUUUGGACUAUAAAGAAGAUCAGCCUCGUGUCUUUCAUUGGAUUUCUCGCACCCAGUCUAGUUCAUGA